AUGGAUUUAAACAGACUGACCAAUGAAAAGAAACUGCAGUUAUGUAGAUGGUAUUUUAGAGUGGGAUGUGCUUUGCUACCAUUUGUGUGGGCUGUAAAUGUUGUUUGGUUCUUCAAAGAGGCUUUCAUGAAGCCACCAUAUAAUGAACAGAAACAAAUAAAGAAAUAUGUAAUUCUCAGUGGUGUCGGCACUAUAAUAUGGGCAGUUUUGCUAUCAGCUUGGUCAUUGGCGUUCCAGAUUAAAAGGGUAUCAUGGGGCGCGACGGGUGAUGCACUAUCAUUUAUAGUUCCAUUAGGACACCCAUAG